GUAAGAUAUAGAGAGGACAUGUCCAGUUAGAGUGCUCAUAUACACACACAUACAAAAGAUUUAAAGAAUCAAAGGCUUAGAGUAACCAAAAAGAGAGAAGAAAAAUGAACAGAAUGAGCAAUACAGUAAUAGGAUUCUUGAAUAUCCUAACACUAAUUUCCUCCAUAGUCAUAAUAGGAACAGCUCUAUGGAUGGGUAAGAGCAAGACAACAUGCGAGCAUUUCCUUCAGAAGCCACUUCUCGUCUUAGGCCUGGCGAUCAUGGUCUUAUCACUAGCUGGUCUGAUCGGUGCAUGCUGUGACGUGGCAUGGGUCUUGUGGGUGUACCUCUUUUUCAUGGUCUUCAUCAUAGUUACGCUCAUGGGUUUGACCCUCUUUGGGCUUAUUGUAACUAGCCAUGGCGGUGGUGUAGGUGUGCCUGGUAGGGUUUACAGAGAGUUUAAGCUUGAAGAGUAUCAUCCAUGGCUCAAGACAAGGGUUAUGGAUGCUAAUUACUGGUUGACAAUAAAGACUUGUCUCUUGGGCUCACUCACUUGUUCCAAGCUCGCUCUUUGGACUCCUAUUGAUUAUCUCCAAAAAGACUUGUCUCCUCUUCAGUCUGGAUGCUGUAAACCACCGACGUCGUGUGUAUACAACACGGAUACGCCGAUACAACAAGAAUCCGAUUGUUACCGGUGGAACAACGCUGCAACGGUGCUCUGCUACGACUGUGACUCGUGUAGAGCUGGCGUUUUAGAGACGGUGCGGCGCGAUUGGCAUAAACUCUCUAUAGUUAACGUCGUCAUAGUUCUCUUCCUCAUUGCCAUUUACUGCGUUGGUUGCUGCGCGUUUAAAAACGCGAAACGCCCUCAACAUUAUGGUUUUCCUUACGGACGUUACGGCAUGGCCAAGUCUCGACCCGGUUGGGAACAGUCCUGGUCGAGAUGGUGGCAUGGUAGAGAUCGGUAUUACUAAAAUAUAUAUUUAUGAAAUGUUUUCAAGUUUUUGAAUGAACUCAUGGCGUCUAAUUUAUAAAUACAUAUUUGUACAGAGCGCCUGUUUCUGUUAAUAAAAUUG